AUGGAUUCAAAGAGUGCUGCACAUCUAGAAAAGCACCUUAAAAAAACCUUUACCGGCUUGGAGUCGGCAGACGUGUCAUACACUUCUUCAAGAGGUGUUUUCAUCUUUAACCGAUCCCUUUGCAACCCUCGAGCGAUCGUAGAAGAAAUUGAGGUAACGUGGCGGAACUCAUUUCUGAUUUCACUGAUUUUCGGAUUGCCUGUUAUGGCCGUGAUGAUAUACUUUCAUUGGUAUCUUCACCGAGUGCAACCUUCUGUGGAAUCAUGGCAUGUGUUUCCUGGCAUCUCACUGGAUAAUUUGCUCUUAUUCUUGCUUUGCACCCCGUUGCAGCUGUAUGGCGGACGUUAUUACUAUCGAAAGUCUUUUAAAUCCCUGAAGCACUGCACGGCGUCCAUGGACUUGCUCAUUACGCUUGCAACUACUGUGGCCUAUCUCUAUUCGGUGUGUAUCAUGAUCUCAGCGGCAGCACUCGGAUGGAGCAUCAGCCCGGCGACAUUCUUCGAUGUUCCCCCAAUGUUAUUCAUGUUCGUUUCAUUAGAGUUGGUGCUGAAGAAUGAUUUUCAGCGCAAGACGUCAGACGCUUUAAGCCACUUGAUGUCGCUUCAGCCCAUGGACGCCGUUCUCGUUUCGCUGGGCGACCACUUUGAAGUAAAAUGGGAAAAGACUAUCGACGCACAGCUACUGCAGCCUGGUGACACAUUAAAGGUGCGUCGUUGGUUCCGGCGUUUCUCCGAAAAUCUGCUACUUUUUUAG